CGCUCAGUUCUUAAAUUCGUUGAACUCUACAGAAUGACACGACAUCGCAGGAAUACGCCAAAACAACAAGCCAGAACAGAGCUUGCAGGAGAAGCUCAGAAGACAGAUGGCUCUCCGAGUUCGUGUGCACCUAUGACACAAUACCAACAUUUCAUUCCACGGUUCAUAUUACGAAGAUUCCAAGUCGGACCAGUGAAGUCCAAAACAGAACGACAAAAAGAAUUUCGACACACCGGUGUUGAUCCUGAAUACGUCCACUACUAUGAUAUCGCCACGGGUAGCCUUGACAUUCGUCCUGUUGGAAAGGUUUACGGCGUACCAGAUUUCUACCAGGACGUCCGAAACACUUAUAAUAUCAACGAACUAGAGGGAAAAUUGGCGGACCUCGAACGUCAUGCGGCUUCCAUUAUCAUGGACUUACAUGAAGCGCUUCCUCAGGGCACUUUUACUCUGAAGCGGCGGCCGCUAGAGCUACUGCGGAAGUUCUUGUUUAUCAUGCACUAUCGCAAGUGGAUUGAAUCUUUCAUGAAAGCGAAGGGUAUUCAAUCCGCUGUCGAGUGUUGGCUAUACGUUCUCAGAUACUACCUGGACACAUCGCAUUCAGAUAUCAUGCGAGAUGCUGCAGAACUCGUAGAGAAGUACGGCGAAGAAGGUCUUCUAAAGAUGAUUACUGAAUCGCAUAUCCCACCUGAUCUCGAACACUUCCCAGCUCACACUUACCACAUUCACGCAGACAACUACUUCUUCAGUAUCUGGGAAGCUGCGGAAGGGGAAGAAUUCAUCCUCACGCACAAUGCAUUUGUCAGCCCUCGCAUUGCUAUCGUCCUGCGGCAUGUGGUAUUGCGUCCAGGGAUGAAAGAAUGCAUAAAACCAGAUUUGUUUGUGAGCUCCUUGCUCCACGUGAAUACAGCACCAUCAACUCCAAUUUACGCCAGCGGAGAACGCGGUACACACAUCGACCACGUAAAUUUCCAAUCUGCGAUGUCACUCGCACGUUACAGAUCCUCUCAGGAAGGGGCAAAUGACAGUUUCGUGUUCAAGAUUACAAAACUAUCGCGACCCCAGACAUUGGAGCUCAAUUCUGUUCUAUUAGUCAACGUGACGAAGACAGGCUCUUUGACCUUCCUAUCAAGGAGGAGUAUGCUCCGCACUGUGCGUGCGUUCCGGAGUUUGCCAGUCAAUUUCCUUGCGAGUCAGUUGCUCGUUCCGCUCAUUGGACGACUGACAGAUACCAUGGAGACAGAAGUGUCGGCUCUUCACCCACCAUCACAGUCGCCAGCGGCUGUCCUCGACCAGGACGUUGACGCACUCACACUCGUUGAUGUAGUGCUCUAUGUGCUUCUAAUGCAGAUAUGCACGGGUAUCAGGCAGUUCGAAACGGCAUACGACAGGGCACAUCUAGUCUUCAGAAUCAUGGAGAAAUCAAAGCCCACUUUAUUCGCAGACGAAAUCAGCCGAGAAGUCGAGAAGGCUUUCAAGGUCUGCAAAGAUUUGGAGGAUGAGAUGCCUGUCGGAGAGGGCGUCAGUUUCACCCCCCUACUCUCUUCGAUUUCCAACGAGUCGUCUUCUCAGCUCUUCCAAUUCAUGAUACCUUGCAUGAGCAGACUGGGCGCAGUGAUGUCUGGAGGUGAAGGGAUUUUAGAAGAGCUCCAAGAUGAAGUCAUGGUAGUGUGCUUUCUUGCACGUGCGUCGAGCAGCCCAGCAGUGUGGCAUGCACUCUCGUGUAUCAGCCAACAAGCCCCAAAAAUCUUGCCAAGGCUAUUCAAGAAAGACACCCCAACAGAUAGAUCUGUUAUGGAUUUCACGCGGUUUAUGCACGAGCACGCUUCACCAUCAAUUUUCUCUUCUGGUUUUCAUACGGCAUAUGCAUUACGAGGAAUAUGCGGCAUGUUUGGGCCAACCACCAACCCCAUCAGUGAGAGCUAUUACCGAUUUAUGGCAACUAUAAUCCAAUGUUUUGGUCGCGGAACGCUGGGAUCCCUGCCAGAACCGUACUCUUCGCAGCCGCGCGAGAGGCCCAAGGCCCGGCUCCUGUACAAGAUGUCAGAAGAGCAUUCAGAGUUACUUUUCUCGAAUAUGAAGAUGAUACUGCGGGAAGCGCUCCCUGGAUUUGAGCCUUCGCUAGGAGGGAGUUCUCUGGGUCAAACCCUCAGAAAGUGGAUAGACGAGAUGGCCAUCGUCGGUUGUCUUGCGUGGUUGGGAAAGCACAGGAGGAAUUUUUUGGACUACAUUUUGGAUGGGUUUCCACAGGGUAUGAAUUUCAAGUUGUUUGAAGAUGAAGAAGCCACUGGGAGUACCUAAAUCGACUUGUUCGAAUUGAUCUUC